AUGUUCAAACGCAUAAAUCUGUGGAAAGCAGGGGCGUUCGUUGGAUCUGCAAGUGCUCUGGCAGGCACUGCUUUUGCCGAGGGCCCCACGCUGGGUGUUUAUAUCUGGGGCGACAACCAGCAUGGGCUGAUUGACACCAAUGAUGGAAACCUGUCGAUCAGAACGCCCACCAGAGUCCCCUUUUUGGAUGGGCAGAGGCUCAGAGACUUGAGUCUGUCCUCGAUGGUUGCUGCUGCAGUUUUGAAGAAUGGCUCGGUUGUGCAGUGGACUCACCCCGAGAAGCAUGACGUGGUGCUCAAGGGAAAGAGCGUCAAGAAGGUGAAGGUCACCAACGAUACGAUCUUGGCGUUAUCCUCGGGCGGCGAUGUUUGGUCGUGGACAAAGGACGAGAAGAAGCCGCUCAAGUUCAAGGUGAAUGAUGGGCUAGGAUGGUUCGAGAAGAUCGUAGACGUUGACGCUGGAGAAGAUCAUGUCGCGUGCCUUACGUCCAAAGGCCGGGUUCUUACGGGCAUGCUGCGUCAACCUGACGAGCAUAAUGGCCAGCUGGGGCAAGCGUCUUUUUCCGCAUUUGACCCGCCACCCCGACCAUUCGAGCUGCGUUUAGUUAAGCUCAUACCUGAACAGGUCGUGCAGACUGCAUGCGGCGCAUCAACGACGCUAUUCAGAACCGUAUCAGGGGAUGUGUAUGGGUGCGGCAGCAAUGCAUAUGGUCAAUUGAUGUUGCCGUACACUUUUAAGAACACAAAAGUGUCUGUUCCCACCAAAUCCACCACUCGUCUGAAUGGCGGUCUGGGUCCCGUGACCAAUAUAGCUGCUGGAGGCGAGGUUACUUAUUUGCAGACCGCGGACAAAUGUCUCGUUGUUGGAAACGGCAUCACAGGUCAGUUUGGCACCGGUUCGCUUGCACAUUGUCAGGCGGAGCCUCUGCAAAUGCCGCUGCUGACGGGUCUGGAGGAAUACAACGAGAAGCUUGGCAAAGUGGAGACUGCAUCGCCAACGCUAUGGAGCGUAAGCCCAACCCAUACUUUUGUGAAGCUGAGUGGCGGAUCGGGCAGCUGGUUCGUGUGGGGUAACAAUUUGAAGGGAGAACUUGGCACGGGUAAGACCGCCAAGCUGAUCAAGCCCACGCUGGUUGGCCAACUGGAAAACAUCACUGCCAAUUCCGUGGGAGAUACGUUUGUUGCUGGCAAUUCCGUCAGUGCUUGCUUCACUAAAUGUACAUAA